CCGGCCGGGACACCGGCGCGCACCAUGCGCCGCGCCACGCCCACGCCUCGCCUCCUCGUCGUCGCACCAUGCCGCCCCUCGCCGCGCCAGCCUCCUCCAUCCCCGCCGCCCCGCCGCAGGGCACCUCUACCGACGCCCGCUCCGCCGUCAACCUCCUGCGCUCCCUCGCGCGCGCGCGGCGCGCGGACCUGUCCCACCGCGCGCUGCUCCUCUUCCGCACGCUCCACGCCUCCGACACCCCGCCGCCGCCGCGGUACUCCCUCCCGCCCGCGCUCUCCGCGGCCGCCUUCCUCGCCGCGCUCCCGGAGGGCCGCCAGCUGCACGCGCUGGCCGCCAAGCUCGCGCUCCUCGCGCCCGCGCACAACAACACCGUCGUCGUCGUCGUCGCCAACUCGCUCGUCCACCUCUACGCCUCCUGCGGCCGCCCGGACGCCGCGCUCGCCGUCUUCCGCGGGGUCCCGGACCGCGACAGGUCGCUCGUGUCGUGGAACACCGCCGUCGACGCGCUCGCGGGCAACGGGGACCACCUCGCGGCGCUCGACCUGUUCCGGGAGAUGCAGCGCGACAGGCCCGACCUCGCGCCCGACGCAUACACGCUGCAGAGCGUGCUCGGUGCCUGCGCCGCCGCCGGCGCGCUCUCGCUUGGGCUCUACGCGCACGCGCUGCUGCUCCGGGAGCUCGGCGCCGACGCGUCGGCGGCGGUGUCGCGCGACGUGCUCAUCAACAACUCGCUCGUCGACCUCUACGGCAAGUGCGGCGCGGUGGAGCUCGCGCGCCAGGUGUUCGACCGGAUGCCCGAGCGGGACCUCGCGUCCUGGAACGCUAUGGUCCUCGCGCUCGCCAACCACGGUCGCGUCCGGGACUCGCUCGACCUGUUCGACAGGAUGACGAGGGUGGAGAACGUGAGGCCAAAUGCGAUCACCUUCGUCGCGGUGCUCAGUGCCUGCAACUACGGUGGGCUGGUGGAGGAAGGCAGGAGGUACUUUGCUGCCAUGGUCAGCGAGUACGGGAUCAGGCCGAGGAUCGAGCACUACGGGUGCUUGGUCGACAUCCUUGCGCGGGCGGGGUUCAUUGAGGAGGCCCUUGAUGUCGUGGCUGGGAUGAACUGCCGGCCAGAUUCCAUCAUCUGGAGGAGCCUGCUCGAUGCAUGCUGCAAGAGGAAUGCUGGGCUGGAGCUCAGUGAGGCAAUGGCCAAGCUCGCGCUUGAUGUCCCUGAUGAUGCUGUGAGCGGCGUCUACGUCCUGCUCUCGAGGGUCUAUGCAUCCGCGCAGCGGUGGAAUGAUGUGGGCAUGAUCCGGCGGUUGAUGAGCGAAGAGGGUUUCAAGAAGGAGCCCGGGUUCAGCUCCAUUGAAAUGGAUGGAUCGGUGCACCAGUUUGUCGCGGGUGACACUUCGCAUCCUCAGUCGGAAGAGAUAUACGAGAAGCUGGAUGAGAUUCAGCAGAGGCUCACGUCUGCUGGAUACAAGCCGGACUUAUCGGAGGCGCCUAUGGUCGCCGACAUCGAUCGCACCAAGGGCGCCACCCUGCGUUUGCACAGCGAACGGCUAGCCAUAUCCUUUGGUCUGCUGAACGUGACACCCGGGGCACCCAUCCGGAUUCUGAAGAACCUUAGAGUGUGCAAAGACUGCCACACCAUCAGCAAGCUCAUAUCAAAGCUAUACGAUGUAGAAAUCAUUGUGAGGGAUCGAAUUCGGUUUCAUCACUUCAAGGGUGGAUCAUGUUCUUGCAAAGAUUACUGGUGAUCCUUGAGCUAUGAUGACCCGUGAUGCUAUCUGGACAAAUAUUCUGAAGAGAUCAUUCUUGUGAGGGAUCGGAUUCAAUUCCAUCAAUUCAAGGAUGGAUCAUGUUCUUGCAAAGACUACUGGUGAUCCUUGAACCAUGAUGACCUGUGAUGCUGUCUGGAGGUGAGUGCCAUUUUAAGUGCUGACGGCUACAGUGACCUUCAUCUUUAAGCCGGGAGAAAAAUGACCGGUUGUUGUUUAGUAAGUUGUGAAUUAAAUGGUUUUGUUCACCAUGUUACUGAUUAUAGAAGCUCAUUUGAGCGUUUUUCUUUGAUCUAACGUAGUAACUCGAACUCAAUGUAUUCCAGUGGAUCAGUUCUUCA